AUGAAUCCAUCGCCCUUUAUUUCUAGCUAUGGGCAGAUCGCAGCUCUCGUUAACUCAGACCUCGAAUCACUACCGGACAAAUAUGGCUGGCCAAGAGAGAAUGCCAGAGGAUACCGCAUCCAAGAGAAGAUAUCGGGGACUGAACGCCCGAUACGUGUCAUCCAUGUCGGUGCUGGAGCUUCAGGAAUUUGUUUUUCCAAGUUUGCGGCCGAAUCUUUAAACAAUUUGGAGUGGGUAUGCUACGACAAAAAUCCCGAUAUCGGAGGGACUUGGUUGGAGAAUCGAUACCCUGGGUGUGCUUGCGACAUCCCGUCUGUUAAUUAUCAGUUCACUUGGGCACGAAAGCCUGACUGGUCACACUUCUACUCCUCCUCCGAAGAGAUCUGGGAAUAUUUCAGGGACCUCGUCGAUAAAUUCCAGCUACGGAAGUAUAUGAAGUUGAACCACGAAGUUCUUGGUGCUACAUGGGAUGAAGAUAAGGGAAUAUGGGAAGUGCGAGUUAAGAACCUCAAAACCAAUGAGGUGACCGUGGAUCAAGCCGAAAUCUUGAUCAAUGGAGGAGGGGUGCUGAACAACUGGAAAUGGCCUGAUAUUGAGGGUCUCCAUGACUUUGAAGGCAUACUCUGCCACACAGCGAACUAUCCUGUGGACACGGUCCUAGAUGGCAAACGUGUAGCGGUGAUAGGCGUGGGAAGCAGUGGCAUUCAAGUCACAGCCAACAUUGCGUCAAAAGUCAACAAACUAUAUACAUGGGUACGGUCUCCAACCUGGAUUACGGCUGGCUUCGCGCAGAAGUACGCAGGCCCAAAUGGCGAAAACUUCAGAUAUACUGAGAAACAGAAGCGAGAUUUUGCUGCGAAUUUCCCGGAUUACGUGACAUACACCAAAAACAUCGAAGACGAAUUAAAUCAAAGAUUCAAGUUCAUUUUGAAUGGCACCCCAGAAGCACAAGAAGCCAAAGAUUUCUCUACGCUCCAAAUGCGGGAGAAGCUCAACGGCCGGGAAGACUUGAUCAAGAUGUUGGUUCCCACCAACUUUGGCGUUGGCUGUAGGCGCCCGACGCCAGGGAAUGGUUUUCUGGAAGCCUUGACCUUACCACAUGUAACGACCUUCCCAAAGCAAUUGCAGAGAAUUACCCCCCGAGGUUUCGUCGAUCACGAAGGUCAGGAGCACGAAGUUGAUGUGAUUAUUUGUGCCACAGGAUUCGACACUUCCUGGGUGCCCCGAUUCCCUAUAGUCGCGAGGGGAAAGAACGUUCAGGACAUUCAAAAAUACAAACCUAUAUCAUACCUGUCAAUCGGCGUACCUGAGAUUCCAAAUUACUGGACUGUCACCGGUGCAUAUGGACCCGUUGGUCACGGGUCCCUUCUCCCAAUCAUCGAAUUGCUUAUGCGCCAUUUCAUCCUGGUAAUAAAGAGAUUCCAGGUACAGGAUAUCAAGGAAAUGACGCCUCGGAGAGACGUGUGCGAGGCAUUUGUGGAACACGCUGAUCUAUACCUCAAACGCACGGCGUGGACAUCUGGAUGCCGGAGCUGGUUUAAACAGGGCAAAGAAAACGGGCCUUUAGCCAUAUGGCCGGGGUCGAGGCUUCUGUAUUUCGAGCUUUUGGCUCACCCUCGCUACGAUGACUAUGACAUCAAAUACUGGAGUGGCAACCCUUUUGGAUUCCUGGGAAACGGCUUCACCCUGAGGGAGUACGAUGGCAGCGACCUAUCAUAUUAUCUUGGUACGAGAGAAAACCCUGGUGCAUUGAUUCCAACAGAAGAACGGGCUGUCUCCAACGGGACCACUCAUGAAGCUGCCAAAGUGACUGGUAUGAAGGAGUCUGAUAUGGACGGCGUGAAUGAAAUUUAUACGAAUGGGAUAUACUUGGACCGAGUCAAUGGACAUUGA